CAGGCAGAAGAGAAAAAAAGGGGCACCCGUGAACCAGCCGAUUCCCCAUUCUCUCCACCGCGUCGUCGCCUCCGACGGCGCCGCCGUUCCCCUUUCAUCUCGACCUCGGGCAAGUAGCUGGCAUCGCUCGCCGUCGUCGCUUCCAGGCGAGGCCAUCGGCGGCCGCCGUCGCUUCUUCCUAGAGACCGCCGCCGUCUCCCCACACCCGCGCGGCACCCCGUCUUGCCCUCUCCCUCUAGGGUUUUCUUGGGCGUCGAAUCGCUAAAAGCUUCAAUUAAAGAUGGCUUAUAUGUAACAACAUGAGCAGUUUGCCAGCAUCAGAUCGGCUUUGCAUCCUUUCUUCUUGAGUUCCGGCGUCACAUCGUGUUUGCAUUCUUAAACAUUUCAUCUCGAUUAUUUGUUUUUCUUCACCCAUUAUAUUUGCUCAUAGUUUAUCGCUUUCCUUUCAUUUCUUUUUCACCGACCAGAACAGAUCGGGCCUCUUUUCACUAAAUUGGGGAAAAAUCAACAGAGUGUUGUUCUUGGCUUCUUGAAAAUGCUAUCGGCUCCACCUAGAGUGCACACCCGCUUCUUGAAAAAUCAACAGAGUGUUGCUUACUUACUCCAUAUAUAUAGACCAUUGCGCAUAUUUGCCUUUCCUGGCAAUCUUUUCCUGCUCUUUCUCUCUCUCUCUACUUUGGUCACGGCAAGCUAUUGUUAAGAAUGCCUUCAGAUACUAUUAGGUUCAACCAGGGGAGAUACUAUUGUCUAAUUUAUAUAUAGGCCAGUCAUGGUCUAUAAUUUUUAUGUCAACCUCCUGUGUUGUUUUGUAUCAAAUUUGCUUAUCGAUGAUUUAUCGUUACCAUAUAUCAUUGCCUAUUGUUGCGUUGAUUAAUAUGUACCUCUUGAUGGUAGAUCGUGCUUGCUCCUAUUAUUACCAUGGGUGAUUCUUUUCUCAGCUUAUAUGUAUAUGUUUUUGUAUUCUCGUGUAAUAUUCUAGCUCUUAAAGUAGCUUUGUAUAGAGGGUUACAUAUGUUGAGUUAUCUUCUCAUUAUUUAUAUUUCCUUUUAUCAGUUCGUUGGUUCUCAUUACUACCCAGUUUGUUACCUUACACAGUGUUAUACCCCAUGCCAACAUGCAAUAGAUUCUUUGUUAGUUCCCACUUAAUUUCAGCUCUAAAACUUUCAGAUUAUGUCUAUGCCUGAUGGAAAAUCUCUGGUUUGUGCACGCCUUAAGCGUAAGCGACCAAUAUUAGAGAUUAAUGAUGGUGAGCUACAUGAAUCGCUAUCAAACGAUGCCGAUGACUUCCCCACAGCCUUCAAUUUCAGAUCUAACCGGCCUGUUCGACGCCGUUUGUGUACUCAACUUGCUGAGACUAAUGAUGGUGAGUUACAUGGAUCACCAUCAAGCCACGCGAAUGACUUCCCCACAGCCUUCAAUUUCAGAUCUAACCGGCCUGUUCGACGCCGUUCGUAUACUCAACUUACAGAUUUUCCUCGCCCAGAUUCCGCCAUGGCUGCUCAAUCACGUAAAAAACGUAAAGCAUAUAUGUCAGAGCGUUCUAGGGUAUUGCGACAACGGUUGGCACAUUCAUCAUCUUCCAUAUAUGAUAAAGAUGCAUCGUCUUCUCAUACCACUAUCCCUACAAAUGGUCAUUCCCACGAUUCGUAUGUGAUGCUCAAUCAUGAUGUUAUCUCGACUGUUCGAUCAUGACUGCUCAUCAAACUGCUCGAUUGUAAAUGUUCAAUCUCGAUGCUGGUCUCGAUGCUCUGUUUUCUCACCAUUAAACCUUGGUCCACCAAGUCACACAUGUUGUUAUUGUGGCGCAUUAUUUUGGUAUGAGGAGCGCAUCGACCGACGGCGUCACACAACAAGACCGUUAUACAACAAGUGCUGCAAAGGAGGAAGUGUUAUCUUGCCUUCCUACAAGCCACCUCCAGAGCCUUUGCAUAGUCUGCUAACUGCGGUGGAUAGAGCUAAAUCAGCUCAUUUCUGUGAGAAUAUAAGGUACUACAACUCUAUGUUUGCUUUUACAUCAAUGGGGGUGAAUGUGAUUGAUUCUAUCAAUGAUGGUCGUGGUCCAUAUACAUUCAAGAGAAGUGGCCAGCUCUGCCAUCGUAUUGGGUCGCUCCUACCAAAAAGGGAUAAACGACCAGAAUAUGCUCAGCUGUACAUAUUUGACACUCAAAAUGAGCUUAUGAAUAGAUUGCGUGUUGGCACCUAUAAAAAUAGAGCCUUCCAACCUAACGAAGAAAUUGUAGCUGCUCUCAUGCAAAUGUUUGAUGCCCAUAACCCAAUUGUCAAGUUAUUUAGGGUUGCCCGUGAUAGGCUUUCUAGGGCAGGUGCACCCGAUGACCACUAUUUUAUAAGAUUGUUUGGAUCUCCUGACAAGCAUGGCGAUAUAUUUAAUGCUCCAGUAGCAUCAGAGGUUGUUGGAUUAGUUGUUGGUGACUUAGGUACAAGUGAUAUUGGACGUGACCUGAUGGUAGAAGACAAGGCUGGCAAUCUAAGGAAAGUUAAAGAAGAUCACUGUAAAUUUAUGGCGAUGCAGUACCCAAUUUUAUUUCCUUAUGGAGAAGAUGGGUAUCAUCAAAACAUUGCAUAUAGACAGUGUCGAAGAUCAGCAGGGAUUAAACGGAAGCGUGUCACAGAGGUAGAAUAUUAUGCCUAUAGGCUUCAUGAUAGAGGUGAUGAUUUCAACACCCUAACGCGUUGCAAAAGAGGUACACAAGCCUAUGUUAUUGACGCAUAUUGUUGCAUGGAAGAAUCUCAGUUGAGUCACUUUAGGACUAAAUCAUUUCAACAGAAAUAUAGAACUGCUCCUCUCAAAGAAAUUCAUGAUACAAUACAUAGAGGCAUUAUAGAAGGGUCUGAAGCAGGCCAAAGAAUUAUAAAACCUUCUUCCUAUGUUGGAGGGCCACGCUAUCUAUACCAAAACUACCUUGAUUGUGUUGCUCUUUGUCGAAAGUAUGGUUGUCCUGAUUUAUUUAUCACUUUCACAUCGAACCCUUUAUAGACAAAAAUUACUUAGGCUUUGGCUCUAAUUCCUGGGCAACAUUCAUCGAACAGCCUGAUAUUGUUGAUCGUGUGUUUCAUAUGAAGCUGCAUCUCUUCAUCGAUGAUAUCACAAAGAAUGAAUUUUUUGGUCCAAUUACUGCAGUUGUAUACAUUAUCGAAUUUUAGAAACGUGGUCUUCCACAUGUCCAUAUUAUUUUAUGGCUAAAAAAAACUGGUGCAUUGACUGCUGAUGAGGUUGAUAAGUUCAUAUCAGCACAAUUACCUGAUCCUUCUGUCGAUCCAAUUGGUUUUGAUGCUGUAUCUGCAUUUAUGAUUCAUGGUCCUUGUGGUGAGGGACAUCCAUCAUGUGCUUGCAUGGUUAACGGCGAAUGCUCUAAGAACUAUCCAAAAGAAUAUUGUGAGAAGACAACAAUCUUACAAAAUGGACAUGUUAGAUAUGCUCGACCAAAGAAUAGAAUAUCUACCAAAAAGAAUGGUGUUGCUGUUGAUAAUGCAUUUGUUCUCCUGCAUAAUGUGGAUUUAUGUGUGAAGUACCAAGCACACAUAAAUGUAGAGAGAGUUAGCCGUGAUGGGAUGGAAAAAUAUUUAUUCAAGUAUUUUACCAAAGGUUUUGAUUGUUCAAAGGUUGGUCUCCAACGUAAAAGAGCAUCCGGUGAAUCAUCUACCUGUACCAAAGGUGUUAAUGAGAUCCAAGAUUACCUAGAGUGCAGAUGUAUAGCUCCCAAUGAUGCAGCUUGGCGCUUGCUCCAGUUUGAAAUUCACCACACUAACCCUUCUGUUGAGCGUCUUCCUGUCCAUCUACCACUCGGAAACAGUGUAGUAUACAAUGAGGAUGACAGCCUAGAACAAGUAUUGCAGAACCCAUGGAAUCAAAUUACAAAGCUCACUGCCUGGUUUGAAGCUAACAAGACCUAUCCUGAGGCUGUGUGCUACACAUAUGCAGAGUUCCCAGAGCACUUCACUUGGCAUGCUGAUGGAAAGUAUUGGGAUUAUCGACGUGGUACUGGUAACGUCGGAAGACUAGCCAAUGUAGGCCCUAACCAGGGGGAUUCCUACUAUCUUCGUAUGUUGCUAUAGUGAAGGUGGCAAGGUCGUACUCAGAGAUCAGAACAAUUGAAGGCCAACAGUAUCCAACAUUCCAGGCUGCUUGCCAGGCUCCUGGUCUCCUAGGUGAUGAUCGUGAGUGGUUGUCCGCUAUAGUUGAUGCAGCGCAUUGGGCUCUUCCAUACCAGCUCCGUGAGUUGUUUGUCACACUUCUCCUCUUUUGCAAUGUUACAGAUCCAUUGGCUUUAUUUGAAGAACAUUUUUCUAGAAUGGGUGAGGACUACAUGCAUCGCAUUGGGCAUAGUAUGACAUACCAUUCUACACCUUUUACACAACAUGUUAGAUCAUUUGUUCUUGCUGAAAUUGACAAGUUGCUUAGAAAUUCUGGAUAUAGCUUACCACACUUUAACUUGCCUGAGCCCAUUCUUACCAGUGCAUGUGCAGUUGGCAAUAGACUUUUAACAGAUGAACAAGCUUAUGAUAUUGAUAGGAUAUCAGUAGAAGCAGCUGAACAACUCAAUCAAUUGAAUCUGAAUCAAAAACAUGUUUAUGAUGUUGUCCUUCAAUCAGUCAACAAUUGCAUUGGUCACACAUUCUUUGUGCAUGGCUAUGGUGGUACCGGGAAGACAUUUCUUUGGAAUGCUUUGCUUAAUGCUGUUAGAGCUCAAGGAAAAAUUGCUUUGGCUGUUGCAUCAUCUAGCAUUGCUGCACUUCUUCUGCCAGGUGGUCGCACACCGCAUUCCCGCUUCAAAAUACCAUUAGAUAUACAAGAACAUUCACUCUAUGCUAUCAAAAAAAAAAAACUCAUCUAGCCCAAUUGAUACAACAAACAUCUUUAGUUAUAUGGGAUGAGGCACCUGUCAAUCAUAGACAUUGUUUUGAAGCUCUGGAUAGAACACUAAGGGAUAUCCUAUCCUCAAAUGAUCCAUCCCUAGCUAAGAAGCAAUUUGGAGGCCUCACAGUUGUUUUCGGAGGGGAUUUUAGGCAAACACUUCCAGUACUGCCUCAUGCAUAGAAAUAUGAGAUCUUAAGUGCAUCUAUUACCCGCUCUUAUUUGUGGUCCCACUGCAUUAUUCUGCAUCUAACUGAGAAUAUGAGGCUUCAAUCACCGUUGUUGUCUGAUACUCAGCGAGAUCACCUUAAAGAAUUCUCAAAAUGGCUUCUUCAUAUUGGAGAAGGAACAUUGCCUGAUAACUCUCCUACUGAUAGACAUGAUACAUGUUACAUCAAAAUUCCAGGAUACUUGCUUUUGCCACCUGAAUCAAGAAAUAUUUCAUCACUGGUAUCUUUUGUGUACAAUGAAUCAAGCAUUUCAGAUAUGGUUGCUUAUUUCUGUGAGCGAGCAAUCCUUGCCCCAACUAAUGACAUAGCUGCAGAAAUCAACUCCCACAUGAUAUCUCAGUUGCCAACAGAACAAAUGUCAUAUUAUAGCUCAGACAUCAUAGAUGAUAGCACAGCUAAUCGUGCUACACUUGAGGCCUUUUAUCCAGUGGAGUUCCUCAACACAAUAUAAAUGAGCGGCUUGCCAGAUCAUUGCUUGCAAUUAAAAGUAGGGUUCCUAUAAUGUUGCUCCGCAAUUUGAACCCAUCAAAGGGCCUUUGCAAUGGAACAAGACUCAUAGUAACUCAGCUAACUCACUGUAUAAUAGAAGGAGAAAUAAUCAUAGGAAAAGCUAAAGGAUGUAAGGCAUAUAUACCAAGGAUAGUAACUACAUCUACCGACAAAAGGUGGCCCUUUAAGAUUAAGCGUCGCCAAUUUCCAGUUCGAGUUUCAUAUGCAAUGACUAUAAAUAAGAGACAAGGGCAGACACUUAGUAGGGUUGGAGUUUAUCUACCUAGCCCGGUUUUUUCACACGGUCAGCUCUAUGUUGCUUUCUCACGAGUGACAUCCCCAGAUGGUUUGCGUGUUCUGAUAGAUAACAACCCUCCUGAACAUGCAGAAAGCACUCAAAAUGUUGUCUACAAAGAAAUUUUCGAUGGUUUUACAUGCUUCUACUAACUGCAAGCAUUUCCCUUUUGGUUUCAUGUACAACUACUGCCCACUGUUUACUGAAUGACUUUCUUCCUCAGUUAAUGAUGCUUUUAUUGAUUCACUGCUUAUUCAGACUCCAUGCAGUCCAACCUAUGAAAUGUGCCUGAUUUCCCUGUUUUGUGUACAACAAUAGAAGUACACCCUUCUUUCCUCUUGACGUUGGGAAACAACAGCGUUUUGGCUCAAUCAUUCACUUUCCUUCUCUCUAGAUGAUCCUGGAGGUGUCAGCUGGUACUGUUCAGGAGAUCAAUGGCGUCAGACUGCGUGUUGUCAGCAUUGGUGCCGUGUAAAUCAUGCAUGCCUGCCUCAAUUUCUUCGUUGGCUCCACUGACAAACAGCUGCACAUGAUCUGCAACCUCUGUUGUGUCCACCGUCGCCUGUACUUGAGCUGGAGAACCUGCUCCCGAGAUUGCCUUGCCUGCUGUGUCUGCACGGUCCGCGACCUUGGAGUGGAUUCUUCAUCAGAAUUUCUCCGUGUACAUCCUCCUGCGUCCCAGCACUACUAUCUGCAUCAUCUUCUGCUACAUUUUCUCCAGAAAAAUCAUCAGAUGGCUCAUUAGGCGCAGUAUUAAGCAUAUGAUCAAUACCAUGUUCUCCCCCUUGAUCAGUACAGUGUGGGACAAGGGAGCUAGGCAACAAAGAUAUCUCAGCACGGAGACGAGCUCCAGCAUUAGAGUGAAGUUGGGAGAAAGGAAAAACAUUUUCAUCAAAGAUAACAUCACGGAAUAUAUAUACUCUCCCGGUAGAUAUAUCUAGACAUUUGAAACCCUUGUGAAGGUGACUAUAUCUAAGGAAGGCACAUUGCUUAGAGCAAAAUUGUAGUUUAUGAUUGUUGUAUGGUCGAAGGUUAGGCCAGCAAGCACACCCAAAAACUUGUAAAAAUUGGUAAUUGGGUUUUCGAUGAAACAAUUUUUCUA